ACAACUAUCAACUGACAGAUGACGAUUGACAGCCCACUUCGGCAAAAGGCUCCUUUCAAUCUUCGACAAGUGGUGGAAUUAAAGCAAUCUGAAAAAUAAAUACAAUAAUUAACAAUGUUUCGUUUCACAAAAAAUACUAUACCUUUACUUUCAAAAACAUUGAUAAAAUGGACAUCACAAGCUCAAGACAAGCGCGUAUUAAUAUUAUUCCAAGGACCCCGACUGUUUUCCGAUGCGGUUGAUGAUAAGUACUCGCUGAAGCAUGAAGAAAUUGGCAGGCCACUCUAUUUUGAUGUACAAGCUACGUCACCAAUGGAUCCAAGGGUACUUGAUGCUAUGCUACCAUACUUGGUCAGUUAUCAUGGUAACCCACAUUCGAGAACACAUGCCUAUGGAUGGGAAAGUGAGGCAGCUGUUGAAAAAGCCAGGGAACAAGUUGCCCACUUGAUUGGAGCUGACCCUAAAGAAAUUAUAUUCACUUCUGGUGCUACAGAAUCUAAUAACAUAUCAGUCAAAGGAGUAGCUCGUUUUUAUGGACCUAGGAAAAAGCAUGUAGUCACCACACAAAUUGAACACAAAUGUGUGCUUGAUUCAUGUCGUGCUUUGGAAGGAGAAGGAUAUAAAAUCACAUAUCUACCUGUCCAGCAAAAUGGAAUAAUUAGAUUGGAAGACCUAGAAAAGGCUCUCACUCCUGAAACAAGUCUUGUGUCCAUAAUGACUGUCAACAAUGAGAUAGGUGUAAGACAGCCAAUUGAAGAAAUUGGUAAAAUUUGCAAGAGCAAAAAAGUAUUUUUCCACACUGAUGCAGCACAAGCACUUGGCAAAAUACCUUUAGAUGUAAAUAAAAUGAAUAUAGACUUAAUGUCUAUUUCUGGACAUAAAAUUUAUGGACCAAAGGGUGUUGGAGCUUUAUACAUUAGAAGCCGACCCAGAGUCGAAGUUGAACCAAUACAAAGUGGAGGUGGUCAAGAGAGGGGCAUGAGAAGUGGAACAGUGCCGACUCCCCUAGUUGUAGGACUGGGAGCUGCUUGUGAAUUAGCAGAGCGUGAAAUGGCGUAUGAUCAUGCUUGGAUGCAGAAACUAUCUCAACGAUUUUUAGAUAAAAUAUAUUCAAAGCUAACACAUGUAAUAAGAAAUGGCGAUGCAACACAAACUUAUCCUGGAUGUAUUAAUCUUUCAUUCGCAUAUGUCGAAGGUGAAUCACUUCUUAUGGCACUAAAAGAUAUUGCAUUAUCAAGUGGAUCAGCUUGCACCUCUGCAUCACUUGAGCCAUCCUAUGUAUUAAGAGCCAUUGGUGCAGAUGAAGAUUUGGCACACAGUUCAAUAAGGUUUGGUUUAGGAAGAUUUACGACAGUCGAUGAAGUGGAUUAUACAGCUGAAAAGACAAUUAGACAUGUGGAGCGACUUAGAGAAAUGAGCCCACUUUGGGAAAUGGUUCAAGAAGGCAUAGACAUCAAAACAAUCCAAUGGUCUCAACACUAAGUACAUCAAUAAAAUGGUCUAAAUGUAGCGACCAACGAAAUCCAUUCGUAGAUUUUAGAACUUCGUGAUAUUGUUACAUAAUAAUAUUGUAAGAGAUCUGUUGUUAUUUAUUUUAAAAGAUUUGGAAAAAUAUGUUAUAUGACAUAAUUAGCAGCUUCAUGUCAAAUCAUUAUUAAAAAAAGAUUGUGUGAUUAAACAUCAUUGAACCUUACUGAACAUGAAAAAUUUAUGCCAGUUUUAGUUAGUAGCAAUAACACAGAAGCAUUAAGCUUGCUCCAUUUAAUUUACAACUUUUAUAUGGCAUUCCAUAGAAAGAAAGCUUAUAUAUCACUUUGAAGCUGUCACAGUUCUAUUAUACAUGUAACAGAUACAAUACUACUCUUAAAUUUUGUUUUGCAAUUUAAUAAUUAUUAUUGCUUCAUUACAAUAUUGAGAAUAUAUUCAAUGUUGACCACUAGCUUAUUAGUAAGUAUGUAUUACAGUAAUGCAAUUGUCAUAGACUUUACUGUGUGAUAUUAAAUAUUUUAUGGUUUUGAUAUUGUAAAUUCUUAUUUAAAAAUGAUUGUAAAAUACAAGAAUUACACAAAUGAAACACUCA